AUGGUUGUUCCUACUACCACCAGUGACACUGCUGUUGCAGUUCUGACUACCACUCAUGUGGUACAGUUCAACCCAGUUGCCCAAUCACCUACCAAACUACAAGGUAACCUCAACUUUGCCACCUGGAUGGCCCAACUAGUGAUGCUACUCAAUGGACACAAGCUCCUUGGGCAUCUCAGUAGUGCCAAAUCUGCUCCCCCUACAACUAUCACACACACUGAUAGUACCAUCUCAAAUAUUGAAUAUGAGAUAUGGUUUUUCCAAGACCAACUAAUUCAACAAGCAAUGAUGGCAUCUGUUGACCCCACUAUUGCUCCCACUAUUCCAAUUGCCUCUUCGGCAAAAAAUAGCAUGGGAUCUCCUUCAUACAGCUUGCAGAACUUGAAAAAGGCCUCCAAGACAAUUGCUACUUACCUACAGGAGAUCAGAUCAAUUGUUGAUGCUCUCAAAGUAGCAGGCUCUUCGGUGGCUGAUGACGAACUAGCAGUCAAGAUCUUGAGUGGCCUAGGUCAUGAGUACCGUGAAAUCACUGCCGCUAUAAGAGCGCGCCACACAACCCUAAGCUUUGAGGAGCUAUUCCAGAAACUAACAGACCAUGAACUCUUUCUCAAACAUCAAGAUAUUGACAGGUCAUCCUCCAUCAUCACGACUGCAGUUGCACAAAGGAUCAACUUUCAGCCGCAACAUCAGAAGAAUAAUCGUCUCUUCCCCAAUCAAUAUUCGAAACCACAAGCUCCAUGA